GGCCUGAUCUGUUGUGAACAGUAUAUGGCGCUAUUAAAGAAUCAAAUCUGUGCUGUGCUGCUUCUUCAUGAUGAGUUUAUAAAGCAAGAGUUUAUGGUGCUUGCUGCAGCUCAAAGUACCGGUAGUUGUCCAGCUAAUGCUGGGGUGCCGGGCUCACCUGGACACAACGGCAGCCCUGGCAGAGAUGGAAGAGACGGGUUUCCUGGAACAAAUGGAGAAAAAGGAGAUCCAGGAGUUGGUGCACAGGGACCCCCAGUGAAAAUAGGACCACCUGGUGUUGCUGGCCCUCAAGGACACCAAGGGAAUCCAGGUCCACCAGGCACUGGUGUUCAAAGUGCAUUAGUAAUACAGCAUCAAUCUGAUGUCAAAAACCUAACAGGCAGACUCACUGUAGUUGAGAAAGGAAAGUGGGCCAGAAAUAUUACGUGUCUGAUGAGCUGGUGGGAAAUUUUGAAAAGGCACAGAAGUUCUGCUCUGACGCUGAGGUGAAGAUGAGAAUAAAGUUCUAACUUCAAUGCAAGCUGCCCUUGAGUCUACUUCCGUAUAUGUUGGUGCAACAGACAGAAAGAAAGAAGGGCAUUUUGUGGAUAUGAGUGACCAACCAUUAACUUUCACCAACUAGAAUGAAAAAGAGCCAAACGAUUAUAAUGGAGCAGAGGACUGAACAAUUAUUUAGAAACGUGGUCUGUGGAAUGACACUGACUGUAAUUCAGAGCGGCAUGUGGUGUGUGAACUGUGAAAACGAUUAUGAAUUUUUACUGCUAUGAUG